AUGUCUGAAAGGAGCCCCCCUCUUGAAGUCUCGCCCUCGGGCCCCUCGCUGCUCCCUCCGCCCCUGCGCGCUGUCAGGACUCGGCACAGCAUCCCCCUCUGUCCCCUUCCUCUGCAUCCACCCGCGUUUUUAAUUGUCCCCGGGAUCAUAAUCUUGCACGUCGGGGACCACGCAAGCUCUCGCAUCCCCGUGAAGCUUGCACGGACCACGGACAGACCGACAAAAGACCACCCAAAAGCGGCCAGCCCUGGAGCCUGGAGGGCAGUGGCUGUCUCAGGGCUUCUCCUCGGCUCCCUCCGAUGCCUGUCUGCCGCUUACUCGCGUGUGAGUGUGGCAGGUGUGGCUGAGCUGCAGGAGCCUCCGUCUGUCGCCGCCAUGAGCUCCGACGAGCAGCCACAAAAGCGCACCACCACCUACCUCAUCUCCCUCACCCUGGUGAAGGUUGAGGCGGUGGGGGAGGAGGGGGAGGAGGCCCUGGUGAAGGCGGAGGAGGGGGAGGACACAGAGAAGCAACCGGAACCACAGGUCCAAGACCAAAGCCCAGAGUGCCAGCUGAAACCAGAGGAGCAGGUCCAGGACGAGAGCUUAGAGGAGAAAAAUGAGAAGAAAAAUGUGAGGGAGGAGUGUGAGGAGCUGCAGAGAGAGGCUGAGCGUAAACACGAGGAGGUGGAGAUCCAGAGGAGAGAGGGAGACUACAGACAUGAGGAGAUCCAGAGGAGAGAGGGGGACUACAGGCAUGAGGAGAUCCAGAGGAGAGAGGGGGACUACAGCCAUGAGGAGAUCCAGAGGAGAGAGGGGGACUACAGGCAUGAGGAGAUCCAGAGGAGAGAGGGGGACUAUAGGCACGAGGAGAUCCAGAGGAGAGAGGGGGACUACAGGCAUGAGGAGAUCCAGAGGAGAGAGGGGGACUAUAGGCACGAGGAGAUCCAGAGGAGAGAGGGGGACUACAGGCAUGAGGAGAUCCAGAGGAGAGAGGGGGACUACAGAUAUGAGGAGAUCCAGAGGAGAGAGGGGGACUACAGGCAUGAGGAGAUCCAGAGGAGAGAGGGGGACUAUAGGCACGAGGAGAUCCAGAGGAGAGAGGGGGACUACAGGCAUGAGGAGAUCCAGAGGAGAGAGGGGGACUACAGAUAUGAGGAGAUCCAGAGGAGAGAGGGGGACUACAGAUAUGAGGAGAUCCAGAGGGUCCCGGAGAGAGAACUGCCCAGUCUUUGCCCCAGGCCUCCUGUAGAGAGACAAAGUCCACGGGUGGAGGAUCUGCCGCAGAUGCCUCAAGUCCACAAAGUUCAGACUCCGGUGCAGCCUCUGAGACACGGAAGCCCGGCGGAUCUCACCAAUGUCCGUGCGGAGAGGCGCGAGAGCCCGGUGCCGCAGAAGGACCUCCCGGCCGUUCCCAAGAGCAAAGAGCCGGCGUUCGCGCACCCUCCGCCGCGGCAAAUGGUCAAAGUGUACGGCAGCUCGUCCGAGGCCCCUGUGCACCGCGAAGGGCCCCGCUCCGACACCAUCCGCCCCAAGACCGAGCUGUACAGAGAGCCGCCCCUGCUGUACCUGAAGGGAGAGAAUGGAGCCGAGGUGAACAACCGUACCCGAUCCCAGGCCUGGAAAGUGAACCCACGGCCUGAGGUGCUCAUGCGGCCUCAGAGCGGAUCCGGCUCGGCCUGGAGAGACCUCCGCGACCCAAACCAGUACCACGCAGCGCAGACGCUGGAGCGCAGGGAGCAGCGCGCAGGGGACCAGUCUCCGCUUAUGGCCACCUCCACCCUGGGCCCCUACAGAGCGUCCUGGGCCGACAGCGAGGGCCGGGGGACGCUGAUCCGGCCUGGGGUCCCCAUGAGUGGAGGGUACUCUGGGAUCAUGGCCCGGGACAGUCCACCGGGAGACAGGUUCAAGGCGGUGUCCGUGGUCCUGCCGCCCUCCGAGCCCGCCCCCCGGGGCGCCAGGAAAGGCACCAGUCGCACUCUGGACAACAGCGACCUGCCCCUGUUCACAGACGACGUCAAACACAGAGCGCCCCCUAGAGACCGCAAGAUGCUCAAGUUCAUCAGCGGCAUCUUCACUAAGAGCACGGCCGCCGCCACGCCGCCGCUGUACGCCGCCGUGGAGAGGGGUUCCAGCGAGGAGGAGGCCGCCGCCUGCACCAGCAGUCAGGAGUGGACCAUGGCACCCACCGUGCUGCCGCUGCAAGAACUACACUUGGGGGUGUUGGGCAGUCUGUGCAGUGGUAAAACAGCGCUGGUUCAUCGACACAUGACGGGGAGUUACCAGCCGUUGGAGAGCGCAGAAGGACGUCAGUGCAUUAAAGACGUUCAGGUGGACGGACAGAGCCAUGUGCUCAUCAUCAGAGAGGAGACCGAGCUGCCAGGACCACAGUUUGCCGGCUGGGUGGACGCCGUGAUCCUGGUCUUCAGUCUGGAGAAUGAAUCCAGCUUCCAGGACGUUUACAAGUUCUACCACCAGUUGGCGCUGCACCGGCCCAUCAGCGACAUCGCCUUCGUGGUGGUGGGCACUCAGGAUAAAAUCAGCAGUGUGAACCCCAGAGUCAUCGACGACGUGAAGGCGCGGCAGCUAUGCUCUGACGUGCGACGGUGCACCUACUACGAGACCUGCGCCACCUACGGACUGAACGUCAACCGUGUCUUCAACGACGCUGCUCAGAAGAUCAUGGCGGCGAAGAAGCAGGCGGCUCUUUUGGCAGCAACCUGUAAGUCACUGCCCACGUCCCCUACUCACUCCGGAGGCUCCACCCCAGUGUCUGGAGGCUUCCCUGGGCAGGCGAGUAACGGGGGCCAGAGCAGUGACUACUCGUCGUCGCUGCCCUCCACUCCGGUCAUUAGCCACAAAGACAUCGGCAAAACGGUGAAAGCCGAGACGCCUGGCUCCAUCCGCAGCGCCACCCGCAGGAGGACUCCCAGGUUUGCGGGCCGCAGAGGCAGUGACUCCAACAGACGCAGCGCAGACAGCAGUCUGGGCAGUGGACGCUGUAUCCCCAUCAAACAGGGCAUAUUACUGAAGCGCAGCGGAAACUCUCUGAACAAAGAGUGGAAGAAGAAGUAUGUGACCCUUACCAGUGACGGGAUCCUGUCGUACCACGCCAGCGUCAACGAUUACAUGCUGAACGCCCCAGGGAAAGAGAUGGACCUCCUGCGUGUCACGGUCAAAGUCCCUGGGAAGCGUCCUCCUCGGGCGGUGGCCCAGUCUGGAGCAGGACCGGGACCAGGACCAGGACCAGGACCAGGACCAGGGCUCAAUGGGAAAACCAAGGACCCACAGGCAGCAGAGCAAGGCUUAGUACCGCUGACCGCCAGCAGUCUUCUACAGAUGGAGGAGAUGGAGCUGGGCAGCGCUCUGUUUCUGAGGAACAGCCGCGGCGUUCAGAGAUGCGGCUCCAAUGUGUCCAACCACGCGCCCAGUGUCGACUCUGCGGUGGAGGGCGUGUCCAGCUCCUCCUCCACUAAAGACCUGGGUUCUGGAUCUCCUCUGACCGACCGCAAGAAGCACCGGCGGAAGAAGAGCGUGAACCAGAAAGACGGCAGCGGACCGGCCGACGCCAAGCGGAAAAUGUGGAAACUCAAGAGCUUCGGCAGCUUAAGGAACGUCAGCAAGACAGACGAGGAGAACUUCGACUUCAUGGUGGUGUCCAGCUCUGGGCAGACGUGGCACUUUGAGGCCGGCAGUGUGGAGGAGCGUGACGCGUGGGUCCAGGCCAUCGAGAGCCAGAUCCUGGCCAGUCUGCAGCUGUGUGAGAGCACCAAGAACAAGGACGGACGGAAUAGCCAGAGCGACGCCAUGGUUCUUCAGGCCAUCCGGAACGCCACCGGGAACGGCUUCUGCGUGGACUGCGACGCUCCCAACCCGACCUGGGCCAGUCUGAACCUGGGCGCGCUCCUCUGCAUCGAGUGCUCUGGGAUCCACCGUAACCUGGGGACGCACGUGUCCCGAGUGCGCAGCCUGGACCUGGACGACCUGCCGCGGGAGCUUACCCUUGUGCUGAGCGCCAUCGGCAACCAACUGGUGAACAGCAUAUGGGAGAACCGCACCCACGGCAACCGCAAGCCCGCGCCGCAAGCAUCACGGGAGGAGCGCGAGGCGUGGAUCCGGGCCAAGUAUGAGCAGAAGCUGUUUGUGGCGCCGCUGCCGCCCCCCACGCCAGGGGAGGGGCCGGACAUCACUCUGGCAGGGCGCCUCCUACUGGCCGUGAUGGAGCACAACCUGCCCAAGCUGCUGCUGCUGCUGGCGCACUGCAGCCGCGAGGACAUGAACGCGCCCUUGAGCACCGCGCUGUCGUCCCGUGCACUGCUCGCCCUGCGCCUGCCCGCCUCCGCGCUGCACGCCGCCUGUGCUCACGGCGACGUGGUGAUGACGCAGCUGCUGCUCUGGUAUGGCUGUGACGUGCGGUACCGGGACGCACAGGGACAGACCGCUCUGGCCGUGGCGCGCAUUGCGGGGAGCCCCGAGUGCGUGGACAUCCUCCUGCAACACGGCUGUCCCAACGAGGCCACCCUGUCCUCCAUCUCUUCCCCGCUCUCCUCCUCCGCGGUGGGCUUCUCUUCCACUCACACUCCCCCCGCUUUCCCCAUGAACCCGGGUCUGACCGUGGCCACGACGCUCAAAAUCACCACCCACAAGACGCCCGGCGGGGGGACCAGCCUCAGCUACAGCACCUCACGCCGCGCCGUUUCGUAG